AUGUGGAACACCGGCGCCGGCGUGGCCAAUGGUGGUGGAGCGGGCUCUCUCGCUGGCACCAAGCGCCGCGCAGAUGACUCAAUUGGUGACUCGGAAAGGUUUACCAAGCGAUUCAAUCUACUCAAUCUCGAAGGGAACAAAGGCGGCAUCAACAGCAACUACUACAUCCCCAUCUCCAAACCCCCGACUUCACCGACCGCGCCGAUCACUGCGAGUAGUAGUACCGUAAAUAAUGCGCCAGCCCGCACAGACGAUGAGUUGAUGCAGGUGGACGAUACGCGCGAUCGCGUAUACAUUCACGACCUCGACGAGGAACUCGCAGACAUCGAAUCGGACGAGGAGAAGCUUAUCUUCCUGCCAGACAUCGACAAAAAGCUGAGCAGGAUCUCCCAACAGCUGCUGCAAAGUCGCAGAGAUGAAGAUCACGAGGGUCAAGAGCUGGUGUUGUACAGUGUGCCCAAGUCACUGACGGUAGAUGAGGGCCACGAUUCGGUCAGGAAAGCCAUCAUUGAGAGCAGGCAGCGGGCUCGUGAAAAGGCAGAAGAGGAGGCCAGACAUCAUGAUAUGAACUGCAAGUAUGAUCAGAGUGAUCAUGCAGAAGCCGUAGCAGAGACUGCGCAUGGAUACAGCACCGGUUAUGUGGUGGAGGAGGAUGACGAUCCCGACGUGAUGGACAUGGACUGA